CGAACUCACUCCCGGCCUUCAUCCCUUUUCCUCCGUUUCCUUCCUUCCCUCCCUCUCUUGCGCCGCGCGAGAGGGCCGGGAGAGGAGACCGAGAGGACGAGCGGGUGGGAGAAGGGAUCGAGCGACGAGCUCGCGCCGGAUCGCUCUCGAUCGGCACGACAGGGCGAUGGGGGGCAAGAUCGAGUACGCCGUGGUGGCGCGGGGCGCGGUGGUGCUGGCGGAGCACGGCGCGGCGGGGAGCAACGCGGGCGCCGUGGCGCGGCAGGUGCUGGAGCGCCUCCCCGACGGCGCCGCCGACUGCAACGUCUCCUACACGCAGGACCUCCACGUCUUCCACGCCAAGCGCACCGACGGCAUCACCGCGCUCUGCAUGGCCGACGACGCCGCCGGCCGCCGCAUUCCUUUCGCGUUCCUUGCGGACAUCCAUGGGCGAUUUGUGAAGGCGUAUGGCCGCGCCGCUCUCACGGCUCUCGCUUACGCGAUGAACGACGAGUUCUCCAGGGUUUUGAGCCAGCAGAUGGACUACUAUUCCAACAACCCCAACGCAGACAGCAUAAAUCGCAUGAGGGGCGAGAUCGAUCAGGUCCGGAGCGUUAUGCUGGACAACAUUGACAGGGUGCUCGAGAGAGGUGACCGCCUGGAACUGCUCGUGGACAAGACCGCAACCAUGGAAGGGAACACGAUGCGGUUUAAACGGCAAGCUCGCAGGUUCAGGAACACCAUGUGGUGGAGGAAUGUGAAGCUCACAGCGGCAGUGAUUCUCAUCCUCACGGUGAUAGUGUACCUCGUGCUCGCCUACAUGUGCCACGGCUUCACCCUACCGUCCUGCGUCCCGUGAACCUUGGUGCAGCCCUACUGCCCUAGCUGCGUGACAAGCUUCGUUCUUGACCCUAAAAUUUGUUCCAGAUUCUGUAAGAGCAGCUUCAUUGCUGCUAUUCUUUCUGUGCAAGGGAAAAACAAACAGUUGUUGCAUGGAUCGAUUCUGAAAUUAUUUG